AAAGUCGGACGUACUAAACUAUAAACUAAACAGUCUAUAGUCUAUACCCGUGCGCUUAAUUUAUGACUUAUGAGUAAAAAGUUAAACUUUUAAGGUUUAUGUCCCAUGGCUGAAGGCGGCCUUCACUAAUCAAAUACCACGAACUAUAGAUCUAACUGAUCUAAUGCUCUGCUCAUCGAUCCAUAAGCUUUUAUUAAAUUUUAAAGAAGAACUUAAAAGUUUUAAAUGUACAUACUGUUCAGUGAGGGAUGAAUACUUUGAACAUCAUCACACUAUUGGUAAAUACAUCAAAAGUCCAUUAUAUAGUUUUACUACUAUUUUUAAUUCUGAACAUUUGAUAGUAAAAAAAAAUAAUAUUGAAAAACUAAAAUAAUUGGAUUCUAUUAAAAUAUCUAAUUAAUUUACAAGGAUAUAAAAAUAUAUAAAUAACAAUAAAAAACCUCUUAAAUUAUUUGCUGCUACAGUCAACAAUAAUGAUAAUGCCAGAGGGAUUAGUAAAUUAAAUCAAGAUAGUAGCCUGCAAAAUAAUUCAAAUGUAACUGAUUAAUAUUUAUUUAUACAAAAAUAAAAAAAGUCAAAAACAACUAAAAAUCAUCAACAUUUAAGUACAAUUCUAAGCACACUUAAUUCAAAUAACAUUAUAUACUAAUACAAACAAACAUUUUGUUGUUUUUAAAUGUAUUAAUAACAACAAAGUUGAAGAAAACACAACAUAUACUCGAUUAAAACAUAAUUCAGGUGAAGAUUUACUUAAUACUAACUCAAAUAUUUUAACAUUAAAUAUGAGUAAGAAAAAAACUAAGAAUAUUGAAAAAGAUUAUACAAAUGAUUAUGAAAACAAAUUUAAAAAUAGUUCAAAUGCUAGAUUAUCAAUGAUGUCAGAUUCAGAAAGUAGUAGCAGUGAAGAUAUUGAAUUUCCUUUAAAAGUUUUAGGACAUAAAAAUUAUUUUAGGAAAGAAAAUGAAGAUGACAUAAGUAGUUCUGAUGAUGAAAUGUAUUCAACACUUACCCACAAAAUAUCCAAAAGACGAAAUACGAACCUUUUAAAUAUGCAUAUAACUGAUGAUGACUUAUCAGAUAUUUCAUUGGAAAAUAAUUCUGCCAUAAAUAACAAAAGUGUGGUAACUAAAAAAGUUAAAAAAAUUGAAAAGCACAAUAAAAGUUUAAAUUCAAUACAAUUAAAUACCAAUAAUGAUAUAGAAAUCAAAUUAGUUAAAAAAACUUAUGAAGAAGAUGAACCCAAUAUUAAUGACUCUAAUUUCAGAGAAAAUAUAAAUCUUUCAUCAGAUACUUCAUCAGAAAAUAAUUCUAGCAUUGAUAAUGAUAAUAUUGUAACUAAAAAACUUAAAAAAAAGAAAAAUCACAGAACAAAUUUAAAUUCAAUACAAUUAAAUACCAAAAAUAAUUUAGAAAUCGAAUCAUUUGAAAAAACUUAUAAAGAAGAUGAGGAACCAAAUAUUAUCGAUUCUUGGAACAAUAUUAGCCAAAAACGAAAAUAUAAAAUAAAUACAUUAGAAGAUAUUGAUAAUGUUCCAACAAAAAAACUUAAAAAGAAGAAAAAUAAUGAUAAUAGUUUAAACUCAUUUGAGUUCAAUACCAUUAACGAUUCAGAAAUUUCUCAAAACCAUUUUAAACUAAAAACUUUGUUAAAUUCCAUGGAAUCUAAUGAUUUUGAAGGCACAACAACUGAAAUUGAAACAAAAUUUAAUUUAAUAAAAUAUUUAAAAAAUAAAGAAGCUUCAUUACAAAAUCAUCCUAAAUUUAAACAAAUAAAGGAAAUGUUGUCUAAGAAAAUUAUGGGCAUUGUAAAUAAAAAUUGUCAAAUCACAAAUUCUGACAUUGUAUUGCUGAAAACAAUUGGAAACAUAAUUUUGGAAAAAAUUGUUGAAAAAAUGAAUGCUGCUCAGGAUAUAAAUGGUAUAAAAAUUAAAUUACCAGCCGAAUGUGAGGAAAAUAAAAUUCAUUUUAUUGAGACUAAUUUAGGUAGACCUCCAAGUAAAGAAAAAAUGAAUAUUAUAAAGAAACUCAAUCCUCAGGUCAAACUUAGAGUUUUUAAUAUAGAAGAAGACAAUUUAAUUCGUGAAUAUUGGUCUAAAUUUCAAAAGGAAUAUAAGGUUUCAAAUAUUCUACCAUUCUUAUCUAAUGGUUUGGAAAUGGCUUUAGAUAAUACACAAAGGUUACAAUUUGUUCGUUAUAUAUCGGCAGGACUUCCUAAUCGAUUAUUAUCUUCAGUUUUUAUUAGAUUCAAUGUUCUGUUCAGUGGACAUCAAGAUAAAACACGUUUUAGUGAAGAAGAAGACCAAUUAAUUAUGAAAGUAGAAAAAUGUGAUGUAAUUAAGACAAAAUUGUCAGUAUUAAGUUUAAUUCUAAAUAGAUCUAGAAUGCAACUUUAUAGAAGAAAUGGAGUUUUAAAAAAUCAAUUUGAAAAAUGUAAAAAAGUUUGUUGGGAUGAUCAAAAGCGCCAAGAACUAUUUACAAAUAUUCUUUUAGAAACAAAUACAGAUAAUUGGAAAGAUUUAAAAAAUUUGACACUAAAUAAAAAUACUUUAAUCAAAGUUGCGGAAAACCUCGGCGAAGAUGUAACUUUUGAAAAAGUUAGAAAGCAAUGGAAUUAUUUAUAUACCAUGUUGUUUUGUGAAAAGCCUAUUAAAAUGUUAUCAUUAAGAUUAAAGAUAUUGGAGUUAUUAGAACAACAAAAUUUUAAGCAUUUUUCGGAUGUAGAUUGGAUAGAAAUAACCAAUCAAUUAUAUCCAGGUGCAAAUAGUAAACUUAUUUGUGAUAUUUUUCAUUGUUGGAUUGACAAAAAUGUUCCAUCAAACUUAAAAAAAAAUAUUAAAGAUACGUUGAAUUACUUAAGAGAACAUAUUGUGGAUAAAAUAAGAAAAAAAAUUCAUAAACACGGCGAAAGAGAAUUUCCUAGACUCACAGUUCAAGAUUAUGAUUUGUUAGUAGUGAUUGAUGAAUAAAAAUAAUUAAUAAAUAUAUAUAUAAUUAUAUAAUAUA